AUGUCGACCGAGAACCAAACAGAUCCACAGAUUGCAGAAGAUCCACGGAAUGAAAAGAAAGUAGCUAUACUAGUUGAAGGAGGCCCCCGUCUUCAUUCGGGUUGGGAUCCUGUAUGGAUCUGUAUGAAACAUAAGAUACUAGUUCCAACUACCAUACAGUACUGCAAGAAUGGUACUGCCGACCCUUGUUAUCGAUACCAACCCGGUCAUAUUUAUGGCUUCCGCGAAAAUGAUCCGCAGUGGGGCUGUCUCGCAUGCUUCACUCAAGCCGAUGGUACUCCCGAGCAUCCAUUGAUCUCAAUCAACCCGGCCUAUCAAGCGUAUUGCAAGAAUUGGGUGAAUUGCAAGGGUUUGCACCGGCCGUACACUGGCAGAGGCGCAUGGAGCGUAUGGGAAUGUGCGUAUGAUGCUACGAUGCAUAUUCCGCGUAGAUUUGGUCAGGGAAACAUCAACGAGAAGGGUGUACUCGGCUUGGACGGCCAGCUUUGGCAUCACUGUUCCAAUUUCGAUAACCCUCCCGAUGGAGAUUUGUGUCCAGUGACUUUGGAGGCAGGCUCCAGAGACGAAAUCUGGGUGAGACCAAAUUUCGAGAAGAAGCCCGGCUUCAAAGACGAGACGUUUGAAUGGAGAUGUGCCUGCGCCGUUGUUCAUGAACACAAUGUGCAUCAGUGUGGGGUGUGCGGGAAGUCACUCGAGGAUACGGAGUAUACAACGACGAUCGUCCGUAAUAAAAUCCCGAUCCCGAUCACGACGUAA